CUUGUUCCAAAUACUGUUCAAUCUCGAGAAUCACCUGCUCCGGAAUUCACCAGUUCGAUGGAUCUCAGCCGAGCGGAGACCUAUCCUUGUUCUGACGUUCGUCGUUGGACCAAACCCACAGUCGGUCAGACAACGCCGCGCCAUGAGUUAGUCACAGCUAGAGCGAUUUCACGUCUGAGCCACAGCGUCGCCCAAUUAAGUGCCAGUAGCAAUGGCAGCAGCCACAAUAACCACUCCACAGCCCGAUGCAAUUCCCGCAUAAAAGGUGGGAAGCAUGCUCCCAGUCAGCACUCCUCUCCCAGGUCACUUGCUACUUCUGGGUCAACCGGAACAAAAUCGAGCACUGCACAUAGCACUCGAGACGAUAUACACAAAAGAACGGUUACCGGAGCGAAGCGCAAGUGGGAAUCAGACAGUCGGGGGUCACAUAUUGCCAUGGAUGUGGAUCAGCACAUUUCUGAAACACCAAGAACCGAUGCUUCAGCUGUUAUUAUUCCAACAGGCUCUGUGGCUCAGCGACACACUCUAACUCCAGCGGAUAAGAUCUCGGUUAUAUCCGAGCCAGUGGGUCAUGAUUCGUCUUCUUGCUCAUCAAUGCACUCCAUCUCCUCCUCAUCGUCGCCGUCAAAUCAUAGUCCUUCCGGAUCUUCAUCGGAAGAGAACGAAGCAGAUGCGGAGGGAGAUGGCGAUGAAAGUGGCUCUCACUCGCGCUAUACUUCACCCGCACACAGUCGAACCUCCAUGAGUCCGUUUGGAGUCCCAGGUCCACGCAAAUCCUCCCAUGUCAUCAGUUCAGCCAUUCCACAGAGUAAGCGGGGUCCCCGCACCUCCCGCGGUUCGGUGUGCGGUGGGGAUUCAUCGGAUGACCUGGCGAAUGACGAACAAAGUGAUUUUCCCACCGACGAAUUCCUAUCUCCACGAUGUCGUACAUCGGUUCCAAAAGCUCCAUCCUUAGGCUCAUACCGGGGCGCGGUGCCUCGUCCAGCUAGGUCUACCAGCCAUUCUCGUCGUCAUCAUCCGUCGCGACACUGUCCGACAGCGUGGAAAUUGACCGCGUCCACAUUCCCCUCAGGUUCUCCCGAUCCGACAGAAAUGGACUCAGAGUGGGAGGAAAUUAUGCAGGGAACGUGGCCAUUGCUAAGUCAUCGUGCUCGUUUAGACUAUCUACAAGGAGUGGCUUGGGCCGGCUCGCGUUGUACCAGGUCGUCUGCCCCUGAUGUGGAUCCACAUCGAAUUGAUUUCGUCCCCUCCAGAUUGAACGAGGUACAUACUAAUCAGGCCGGUUCGAACAUAUCGAACUGUAAAACCCUGCCCACUCCACCAUGGGUUAAUGCCGAGACGCGGUACAAUAUGAGGAUACCGCUUUCCGACGAUCUCAACUUACAAGCAAUGGACUCCAGUCCAGACGGACAUGCAACUCGUGCUGGCUUCGGAUCCCGUGCUCCAUUGGAAUCUAACGCGGAACCCAUAUCCCAGACCAACUCCGGCCACAAACUGCUUCAAAAGCUAGGCUGGGAACCAGGUACCGGGUUGGGGCGCACCCAUCAAGGUAUGCUUGAUCCAGUUGGAUGCAUGAAAUUUAACGAAAUGAGCCAUCCCUAG